AUGGGCAUCAUCCCAUCUGUUCAGAUUGGGCGCGAUGAAGCCAUCUGCUAUUUCCACGACCGAUUCGCGUGGGUGUCGGCCUCCCGGUACUUUGUCUUCUCGUCAAGCCAACCCCCCGCGCUGCUCAACAUGGCCGCGGCGCUUGGAUUGGCGUCAUUCUCCUUCACGCGCAAGUCAACGGCGAUGCAGAGAGCUGCGGCGGCGGAGUAUAGCACGGCACUGCAGAGCAUCAAUCACAUGCUUGCGGAUCCUGCGACGGCGACCUUGGACUCAACGCUCGCUGUUGUUAUCCUCAUGUCUUUCUUCGAGAUCCUCACAGGACACAGCCCUCCGUCCACAAAGAGCUGGACCAACCACGCGUCCGGGGCUGCCAGUAUCGUCGCACUACGCGGGCCUGGCCAGCUCGAAAGCCCCGCUGGCCAUCAACUCCUUCUGGAAGCCAAAGGGAUGAUGCUUUCAACCAGCCUGAUACACAAGAUUCCCGUGUCGCAGGCUCUAGUUGACUGCACUCGACUGGCCAUGGAGAUUAGCACGCCAUCCCAAAACCACGGCGAGCACGUCUUCAUCAUCACGGGGGAAGUGGCGAACUUGCGUGCCGCACUCGAAGAAAAUCCCGUGAUUAAUGACACUGCGCCUGUCUUUGACGGCGUGGACAAGCUGACUGCCCGGCUUCGCGAGUGGAGGCUCAUGGCUCCGGUUGACUGGAAGUAUGACACCAUGGAGGUUGACGAGCAGUCCCCCGGGGCUGAGACGUGGUACGGAUUCAUCAAGCCAGUUGGGGGUCGGUACUCGAUCUACAGUGGCGACCACGUCGUGGUCGGUUGGUCCAACUAUCGCAUGAGCUGCAUACUGCUGGCCGAACUCCUUCUGGGCCUUCUCAAGCGCCAGGUCAUGGCAAGCUCGCCACCUUCGACCGCCGCGCUGGCAAAAUGUCGAGCUCUUCGUCGGACAAUGGACCAGAUGGCUACCGAUAUCUGCGCCAGCGUUCCGUACCUCCUCGGUCUCAAGACCUCGGCUGCCGGUGGCGCAUUGCCUGACCUCUCUGGCGCGUACAUGGUUCUCAUGCCGCUAUGGGUUGCCGCCUGUGUUGAGGGGCCAGGCCACCCGCUGCGCCAUAGCGCCAUGUUCUUGCUCGAGGUGCUCGCCCGCAGAGUGGGCAUAAGACAUGCGUCGCUCCAGCGGCAUUUCCUUGUGUCCGUCGAGGGCAUGGCGGAGUGGUUGGACAAUUUUCCAGAAACGCGGUGA